UCCUUUACUCCGCAGGGUUGUCUUGUUAAUAAAAUCCGGAGCAUUCAGCUUGAACCCGUAUUGUUUUUCCUCUUUCCACUGUGCGUAAUUUCCAUCCAGGAUCGACAGAAGCGACAUCACAACAACACGAGGACGAGGGUUCAAGGCAGAGAUCAAACGAACUGGGGGAAAAUGAAAGCCGUCUUGGAUAUCUGCUUGAUUUUCCUCAUGCUGCACACUCCCGGCGUGCUGUCCUUGUCCACACAUGUAGCAAUCAUCUACCCCCAGGACCCUGUCCUUCGCAUGGGGUCCAACCUGACUGUCAGCUGCUGGGUCCACCCCGACCUCGGCAUCCACGCCAACUCUCUGUUCUGGACGCUUAAUGGCCAGCAACUGCCCAGCUCCUUGUAUCGAGUGCUGAGCCCGAGCAACCUCAGUGUGACGCUGUCCGGACUCAACGCCUCCAGACAAACCUCUGGCGACAACCUGGUUUGUCACAACCACAAGGGACACAUCUUAGCCGGCUCCUGCCUCUAUGUUGGGAUGCCUCCAGAGAAGCCGGUCAAUUUGACCUGCUGGUCCAGGAACACCAAAGACCUGACUUGCAGCUGGGCUCCAGGAGGAAAGGGGGAGACCAACAUUAGCACAAAGUACACACUCAAGUACAAACUCAGGUGGUAUGGUAAGGAGAAGGAGUGUGAGGAUUAUACUCAUACCCAGCCCUACUCCUGCAGCAUCACCCGGGACCUGCACCUCUUCACACCCUACGAGAUCUGGGUGGAGGCCUCUAACCAGCUGGGCCGGGCUACCUCUGAUGUCAUCACCCUGGACAUCCUAGACGUGGUGACCACGGACCCUCCGUCAGGUGUGAGUGUGAGUCGCGUUGGGCAGUUGGAGGACCAGCUGAGUGUUCGUUGGGAGGCCCCUCCAGCUCUCAAAGACUUCCUGUUUCAGGCCAAAUACCAGAUCCGCUACAGACUGGAGGACAGCCAAGACUGGAAGGUGAUGGAUGACGUUGGGAAUCAGACUUCGUGUAGAUUGGCAGGACUGAGACCUGGAACAGUGUAUUUUGUCCAGGUCCGCUGUAACCCUGUGGGCAUCUACGGCUCUCGCAAAGCUGGGAUCUGGAGUGAGUGGAGCCAUCCCACCGCUGCAUCCACACCCCACAGUGAGCGGCUGAUGUCGGGCUCCUGUGACUCCAAAUCCAGUGGGGACUCCAACUCCACCCUGCGCCGGGAGCUGAAGCAGUUCUUUGGCUGGGUGCGGAAACACGCCUACGGCUGCAGCAGCAUGUCCAUGAAGCUGUACGACCAGUGGAGAGUGCUGAUGCAGAAAUCCCACAAAGCACGCAACCAGGUUCUUCAAGGGGAUAAAUCAUAGCACACGCUGCAUUUACGAGCAGAAACCGAGUCGAGAAAAGAACUGAGUUAGUGUGUUUUGUGUUUUUGUCUAUGUGUGUAUGAGAAACGAGAAAGAGAGAUUGUGUUCGUAUAUGGGAAUGAUCAUUUUGCUCUGGACAAUUUGUGGAGACACCAGCCAUCCAAAGAGAAACUGUGGGAUAUCCUUCCUUUGUACAUGUUUUCCAGUCAACAUGAGCACUGAUUUGCCUGAAAAGGUGCAACCUGGAAGGACUAAGAAGACUAAUGGACCAAUCACAGACAACCUGGUAUCUUUGCAUGGCUAGAAAGAGGCCAUGUGGCCUACUCUCCUCAAAAAAGGACGUUGUAGCAUGACUAACUCGGACAUCAGAAAAUAUUUUUGACAUGGCUGUGUACCUGCUCUAAAUGUGCACAAAGAUUCAAAUCAACCAGAAGUGUUGCCGAAGCAUCUAAAAGUACCCUGUGACAUCUUUUGGGUAUCUCCUGUGGAUCCAAAGCACCAUCUAGUGGUUAUACAGCAUCAGUGGAUACUCCAAUCAAAGCUUUAAUUUUCACUGUGGUCCUGACGUACAAAAGUUACA